AUGCGUUUGAAGAUGACUUUCAAAUGCGAGGGAAUGGAUAUGGAAACUCCCACACCACUCUAUGACGAGGAUGAUUCAGAACCGCUUACGGAAUUCACACCGAAAUUCACGGGAGAAGGUUGGGAUCUGAUGGUUAGGCAUCCUAUAAAGAAGAAGUCGUUCAUGGCUGAACGUUUCUGGAAGCCUUGCUACGUUCGCCUCCAGGGCAAUACUCUCCUCGUCUACAAUGCCAAAACAGACAAAAAACCAAUC